UUUAUAAAGAUUACUAUUUUAAAUAAAUUUCAUUUAUUUUUUUAUCAAAAUUAUUUUCGGAUUUAUUUUUCGUCAAAAUUAUUUGUAUAACAUGACUUCAAAAAAUCAUAGAUUCACAAUUAAGUUAAUAUCGGGCCAAAACGUUGUGCUCGUAGAAAGCCUUGGAAUGGAAUCCGAAAUAUUUGUGCCUGUAGUUUUAAAUGGCCGGAUAAGUUUCAGAAAUAUCGUGCCGAAUCGUCGAUGCUGUGGUGUGGAGAAAAAACUAGCGGCUAAACAUAUUAACUCACCAGUGAAAACUAAUAAACCACAAUCCAGACCUUGGCGUUUAUAUAAUGGAGUAACGACAAUAUUGCGUAAUUCUCCAGUACAGACCAGUACUCCUAUACAGGCAUCUGAUCCUGUAAUUGACAAGGAAAAUGUUACUCCUAUUGAUACACCGGCUUCAAAUAAUGAAACGUUGCCUACACCUGAGCAAGCUCGAGAUGCCGUAGCAGAAAGAUUAACUAACGUCUUAAAUAAUGCAACAACUAAAUCGCCAAGAGCAAAACGUAAACUUUAUAGAGAAGCAUUUACAAAUGUCAGAUAUGUCAGAUGCACACCCAAAAGAGUUGAAGAACUGCAAUCUUCUUUUAAUUUACCUCCAACGCCACAACUAUCUGUUUUUGCUAAUAGUAUGGACUCAACAAAUGUAGCUACUAUGAACCAAAUAAACUCGCUAAAAACAAAUACAACUAAUUCACCAUCACCAAAAUGGCGUAAAUGCAUAACACCUUUGAAAACAUACCAGAAAAGGCCGGGUGUCCAAAAAACGACAUCUGGAGCAUCACCCGCAGCGGUACACUUUUCAAAUAAAAAAGUAAUACCAACAUACCGAGCCAACCCUACAGAAGGUCCCAAAACAACUCAGGGGAUUGAAAUACGUAAAAGAAAUUUGAUUGUCGAUAAGAAAACUACUAUAUCACCAAAAUCUUUUAAAAAACAACAAACAACAACUACAGCUGCGACUGCGACUGUGAGAAAACUUCGGGACACAAAACUACCUAGAACGCGAAAGCAAUUAGUUGAUGUGAUGAAAAAUAAUGCAUUUGAUUUACUCACAAACUCCAAUCGCGUAAACGGUGUUGCCGCAAAACUCAAUCAACAAUUCAGAAAGAGUUGCGUCAACAAAGCAUCCUCCACAUAUCCAAAAUAUAAAGUACUAUAUGUUGCACCUUCAGUCAACACAAAGCGGAAAACUGCUUCCACACCGCCCAAAACAACGAACGUGGAUAAAACGAAAAAUCCGAGGAAUCUAAAAUCUACAAAAUGAUUUUUUGAAAUCGGUUGUUAAUUUUAAAUUGCUUGUGUGCUUCUCAAUGCAAUUAUUUCUACUGUAAAAAUAUUAAAGCCUAUAGUUUCCGUUAAUACAUUUCCGGCAAAAUUUAGUUUUUAAUAUAUUUUACAGUUUAUAAUAUUUUGUAUAAAAAGCUUUACUUAUUUACAUUUUUGUAAACUCAAAAUUUGAAACUAAAGGAAAACUUGCUAAAUUAAUUUUGUAUAUAUGUUUGUUUCUUGAACUUCGAUAUAAGAAAUGUAUGUAUGAAUGUAAUAUAAUAUGUGUUCAUGUAUUAAUGUUAAGUAUAAGAUUAAUAUUAUUAAUAUCUACCAGUGAGUGUAAUUUUAUUCAGAUAAGAAUAGUUUUAAAUGUAUAAUAUAAACCAAAAAGACUCACAUCAUUUAU